UGCUACAAACUUGAAAGAUCCGCCGUAGCGGCAGGUAACAUUUGCCAGCUGAGAGAGGUUGUGUUUGUGUGACUUUUAGAGAGAGAGAGAGAGCGGGGUGAAGUACUCUUGGGUUAAUCGUCCGAGAAGGAAAUAGGUGAGACAGACAGAGCAGAAGCAGCUGAUUUUCUCACACCGCCGCCUUCCACCCAACGCCCUUCUUCCCUCCGUUUCAACUCAAAUCUCCCUCAAUUUCUGAUAUAAUCAUACCCAAACCCAUCAUCGUUGCAUUUAAACAAGAAGAUCGAUCAAUUAUAUACGUACAAUUUCCAAGUCGACAACAUUGGUUUUGAUUUCUGAUAUCUUCUUUCGCUCAUGGAUACUACACGAAGCAGUACAACAAGAAGAAAAAUGUUUUAAUUGGAGACUGCUAUAAUUGGAGACUACGACAACAACAGUCAAUUUUGGGUCCAUCUUCUACUACAUUCAUUCAGACCUAAUGGCACAAAAGAAACCAAGACCCAAGAGGCUAUAUCAAGUUUGGAAAGGGAGCAAUAGAUUUUCUCUUGGGGGAAGAUUGAUCUUUGGUCCCGAUGUGGCAUCUCUGUUUUUGUCCACACUCCUAAUUGCAGGCCCUGCAAUAGCUUUUUGUAUAAAAGUCUACUGCAUUCAUUGGUAUCCCGUAGUUAUUGUGGGAUUAAUCCUCACUGUAUUGGAUUUAACACUUCUCUGCCUGACAUCCAGUAGAGAUCCUGGAAUAGUCCCCAGAAAUGCCAGGCCUCCUGAAUCAGAUGAGGCAUAUGAUAUAGCUACUCCAUCUAUGGAGUGGGUCAAUGGUAGAACCCCUCAUUUGAAACUACCCCGGACAAAGGAUGUGAUUGUGAAUGGGCACACAGUUAAAGUGAAGUACUGUGACACAUGCUUGCUUUAUCGUCCACCCCGUGCUUCCCAUUGCUCCAUCUGCAACAACUGUGUUCAAAGAUUUGAUCAUCAUUGUCCGUGGGUUGGUCAAUGCAUUGGAAUACGUAACUAUCGGUUCUUCUACAUGUUUAUCUCAACAUCAACCAUCUUAUGCAUAUAUGUGUUUGUUUUUUCUUGGAUCAACAUUAACGAACAACGUGGUACCAUCUGGAAGGCUAUGUCAGAAGAUAUCUUGUCAGAUUUUCUCAUAGUGUACUGCUUUAUUGCCAUUUGGUUUGUGGGUGGCCUUACAGUUUUCCAUUUGUACCUGAUUUGCUCAAACCAGACAACUUAUGAGAACUUUCGGUACCGAUAUGACAAGAAGGAAAACCCAUAUAACCAGGGGAUCAUAGAAAACCUUAGAGAAAUCUUUCUCUCUAAGAUCCCACCAUCAUUGAAUGAAUUCCGAGCACUAGUUCAGGAAGAUGAAAAUAUGGUGAUGGAGCCCACAACUCCAAAUCUUGUGGGAAGUAUCACUAGCUCGAAGGAAAAGAUUGAUAUUGAAAUGGGAUCUAAGCUGGCAGAAGAGAGUGGCUUUUCACUUCCUGAAAUUUUGCGGAAUUUGGAUUAUGACAAUAUAGAGGAUAAUUUGAAAAACAAGGAAGGAAGUGGAAGAAUUGAUUCUGACCAAGUUUUCUAUUCUGUUGAACAAGAACCAAAAGGCUCUUGGCGAAGCUCCACUCUUGAAGAUGGGUCAAAUGCAGAAGAGAAAAUUGAUGAAGGAAGUAGCUCUUGUCAAAUCACAAAUCCGGUUCUUCAAGUAUGAGGUAUUGCUUUGGGACUUCUCUUUCACUGCAUUGACACUAUGAUGGAUGAGAAGGUUCUCUUGUUCUAUGAUCACAACAUUUACAAGCAUUGGUGGACCGAGACUGUGUAAUGUUCCGAUUGUAGAGGUCGACUGCAGGAAGUUUUUUAUACCCGAAAAAUGAAAAUAUCAAUUGAGCACUCUUCAAUUUCAGAUUCACACUUGUUGUAAGUAGUACUGUCCAUCAUGCUCAAAAUAAUGAACUUGCAAAGAAGUUGAAUUGUUCCUGUAAAGGUGAGAAUGGUCAAUGGUUCUUUAGAUUUUCUUUCAUUUUAUUUUUUUCCCCCCAUCCCCUUUUUCAUUUCGCCAUUUUAAACUUGGAUUGGAGACAUUCUGCUAGGUCAAAUUGUUGUUCUCCUUGGUUUAUUUGAUCUCAUGCAGUCGCAUUUGAGAUGUUUUUAUAA